UCUCCCCACCUCUAGCGAAGGAAAGUCGCGAUUUUAGCGUAGUAACCAAAUUCGUACCAACUUCAGACCUAAAACGAGUGUUUAACUUAGUGGCCGCGCUAAAACGGGGCGAACGCGCUGCAACUUUUUUGGCGAGUGCUGAAACUGCAAACCUAGCCGAAAAGACGUGAGUGGGACAAGGUGUCGCGUGUCGAAGUGUGUGCACUGCAUUUGUUUACGAUUCUUCGGCGGGGAAAGAGGAAGAGCACACGCAACGUGCAACAUUGUUUGUGUGGGUGUUUGUUUGUUUGUGUGACGAAAAUACAACAAGUGCAAGCAACAAUAAUAACAGCAACAACAAAUAAAACAACAGCAAUUCAUAUUUGAAACGAGACAGGAACAACAACAACAACAAUAAGGGGAGUGAAAAAGCAAAAAAAAUAGAAAGAGGGAGCUAUUGUUGUUGCCUCACACUGAUAGCAAUGAUUAGUGAAGAAUCCGGCGCUACAACAAUAAAUCAAGUAUGACGGAGGAAAUAACCGGCGAUUGGAGCUAUUACGUGUAUAUAUCGCUAACGUUGGUUCCAGUCUAUUUGGCAUUUCGGCUCAUUAAGUCACUGGGCUGGCAGCUCUUCGUCAACAACUGAGCAAACACACAGAAGUUGCAGCCGUCA